AUCCACAAUCUUCCUUUUCUUUGAAUAUGGCUGACCAGGAACAGACUACUCAAAAGCGCAGAACUUUCCGUAAGUUCUCUUACCGCGGUGUCGACCUCGACCAACUUUUGGACCUCUCUUCUGAGCAGUUCAUGGAGCUCGUCCACUGCCGUGCUCGCAGAAGAUUCCAACGUGGUUUGAAGCGCAAGCCCAUGGGUCUCAUUAAGAAGCUCCGUGCUGCCAAGAAGGAGGCUGUUGGUAACGAGAAGCCUACCACCGUCAAGACCCAUCUUCGUGAUAUGAUCAUCGUUCCCGAGAUGAUUGGCUCCGUCGUUGCCAUCUACAACGGUAAGGUUUUCAACCAAGUUGAAAUCAAGCCCGAGAUGGUUGGUCACUACCUCGCUGAGUUCUCCAUCUCCUACAAGCCCGUUAAGCACGGUCGCCCCGGUAUUGGUGCCACUCACUCUUCUCGUUUCGUCCCUCUCAAAUAAAUAUAUAUUGGGAGUGUACUUUGUUAUACAGGAUGCAAUGGCAUCAACAAUAAACCACAUCUUUUAUUGAAGGCAACGCAUGAUUACUUGUAUCCUGAUUUUACGUGACGGGGUUUUGAAACAAAAGGGAUCACAACCGACAAGUGAAUUUCCA